GUAAUACUGACUCCACUCCACUAGAGGGAGGCAGAGGGAACCACCGCUCUUACUGCCAGACAGUAGAAGAAGUUUACGCUCCAGCAGCACAUGUGAGAGCUUAAAGGGAGACUUACAGAAAGUAGUUGAGAUGACGUCAUUAGCACACCAGUUGAAGCGGCUGGCUUUGCCGCAGAGUGACCCGAGUCUGCUGAGCCGCAGGCAGGUCGCCUCGCUGCUGUUCGAGCCUAAAGAUGCUGCCAGCAUGGACAGGAGCACCAUCUACGCCCUGGGUUGCACAGGGCUUGAUGAGCUGCUUGGAAUUGAGCCAGCAUUCGCAGAGUUUCAGGAAACCCUCUUUAGCCAGGCUUCCUUAAGCCUUGAGCGUAGUGUGCAGUCCAGAGAGGUAAACCAGAAACUAGACAAGGACAUCUCUCUGUUCCUCAUUCGUCUUUCCCCAUACUUCCUGCUCAAGCCUGCGCUGAAGUGUCUGGAAUGGCUUGUACACAGAUUCCACAUUCACUUGUACAACCAGGAGGGUCUGAUUGCCUGUGUGUUGCCAUAUCAUGAGACCAAAGUGUUUGUACGUGUCAUUCAGCUUUUUAAGUUAGAGGAUCCCACACACAGGUGGCAUUGGCUGCAUGCUCUUCAGAAGCCUGGAGUUCCUUUGGCAAGAGGGACGCUCCUGACUCACUGUUAUAAAGAUCUGGGUUUUAUGGAUUUCAUCUGCACCUUGGUGACAAAGUCAGUUGAGGCAUAUUCACCAUUUGUUCACGAUGGAAAAUGUGCGCAGCUGCGAGUGAUUUUUUCCUUCUAUUCGGCGACCAUUGUUCCCACUCUGGAGGCAAUGGAGAAAGUCACAGAUUCUGUCAUAGCCAAGUUGCUUCCAUAUUUACAAAUGGGCCUGAAAUCAGAGCUGUUGGACUACAAAGCCGCUACAUACAUGAUUGUGUGUCAGCUUGCUGUGAAGGUUGUAAUGCAGCCAGAGCUGCUGGAUUCACUGGCACGGCAGGUGAGUAGGUCAGUGAGUAGAGCUCCAGAGCUGACUUCUGAGGGCUUGUCGUGCCUCAUCAUCCUCCUGCAAAACCAGAAGGAAAGUGUCAUUGGACAAAAGACGUUUGAGCACCUCUGUCAAGUUCCCUCUCUUGUGCCCACCCUGAAGUGUAUAGCAGCCUCCUAUGAUAUCAGUCCCUUGCUGCACUACCUCCUGCCAAAGCUCACUAAUUUGGUCAUCACGCAAAAUGAUGAGUUGGGCAAUAAGGACUCUCACAGUGCAUCAAACUGCCGGCUGCUCGAGUCAGUCAUUGAGAACCUUCCAUUGAACACCAGCUUGGCGAGCACAGUGGCACGACUACUCCUUGAGGGAUACAUGUGCUGUGGUACAGAGCUCCCCUCAGACAGACUCUCCUCCCUUAAUCAGAAGAUCCAACCAGUUGUCAGACUCUUUGAGCACAAGUAUUCUGGUGCUCUUGAUGCUGUUCUGGUGGGUUGUGUGGGUGAGAAGUGCUCAGCUAAGCAGAAGAACCUCCUCCAUCAGUUCCUCUCUCUUACCAUGUGCUGUGGCAAGCACCAGGUUCUGGCAAACUCGGACACCUCUCUGAUGCUCAGUCUUAAACACCCUGUGUCCGCUGUGAGGAACAUGGCUAUAGAAUAUGUGAAAGAGAUUCUCACCUCUGGGCAGGAGGGCUUUGAUGAGACAUUCCUGAAGGAUGCAUUGCUUGAGAGGUUGAAGGAUGAUGUGCCUGAUGUUGUGCUGUCAGCCCUCUCAGCACUGCGGCUCUAUCUCGACCACAUGGAUUUAGAGGACACAAUUUCUUGUUUGAUUUCUCUUCUCCACCGGGUCCAGCCAUCGGACACCGAGCCCUGGUAUUCAGUAUUGAAGGAGGUUGUCAGAGUUCUUGAUGACCUGCCCACCAGGAAGGCCAACCCUGACCUGAGAGCCCAAAUUAGCUGGGAGCUGCUACCUUUCCUGCUAAUAACAAAUUCGGUACCUGAGUCAGCAGAGCUGAAGUUAGCGCUGUGUGUGGCUGAGACACAUCUCCUAUCCCAGCAUCCUCUCACCCAGGGCUGGGCCAAAGUGUUACAGAGGGUGCUGGAGAAAACACCUCCAGCAGAUGUUAUCAGAGUUGCCAACCAGAUGCUCAUCAGCACUCUGACAAAAAACCUGGCUCGCAUGGAGCCGUCCACUAAGCGCAAUGCUAUUGAGAGUGUGUGUGCAUUGCUGGCCAAGCAGGGUGCUGGAGUGAGAGAGAGGGCGGCAUUCGUGGUGUUGAUCUGUGCUCUUCUGCAGACUCUGGAGUCUCUGAAUGAGAGCACACACCUCCACACAGCUCAGAUACUCUUCAGACUGCUUGAGCCCUCACUGAGAAAGCUCUACACUCUACAGACUGAAAAGGUAUAUGAGGGCCAGGACAAAGCAUCUCUGCCCAUGUACGAGGUGCUUGCAGGCUUCCUACUCAAACUGCACACUGGACAAAAUGCAGAAAGGGAAUAUAGCUUGCUGCUCCUCUCUCUCCUCCAACACUUCAUUAACAACCUCAAAUGUCCUGAGUCUACAUUUAAAGGUGAGCACUGGUGGAACCCAGAGAAGCUAGACAUGAAUACCUGCUGCUACCUGCAGUUGCUGUGCCACCUUUUUGACAUGGUGGUGUCUGGGGCUAGCCAGGGACCCCUGGUCUCCAGUUUUAGAGCCCUCUUGCAACCCUUAUUACAGGUUCAUCUGAGUGAGCCGGAGCAUCUCUUUAAGUUUCUGUCUCUACUGUGGGGCUACAGCAAUAACUUAAGUGACCAGUUAGAGUUCCGGGUGACAGCAUUGCUGCAGACCCAGGCGAUGUAUGUGGGCAAAGUGCUGCUUACUGCCCUCCCUGUGAAAAAGCUCAACAUUCUGGUCUCACCCUCCUCAUCAGUGGUGCCGUCUCUCUUGGGGUGUCUGAGUUGUGGAGUGAGGGAGGUGAGAAGGGCAGCGGUGGCGGUGUUGCAACCUCUUGCAGGAGUCACCUCCUCUCCAUACCACCCUCUGUUAGAGAAGCUGCUUUUAUCAGCUGAAGAGCUCAUCGCUGAUCCAGCCUACCUCUCUCAGGCAUUGUCUAGGCUAUAUGAGGAAGCUGUUUCUGUGACAGGGAAGGGCAGAAACAAGCUGCUGUUGGCUAUAGAUCAGCUUCUACAAUGUGUGAGGUCUCCUGACUGCCCCAGCUACAUGGCCAAAGUAUUGCUGCGAGCACUGCAAGACGUCAAUGGAGAGUUAGUUUUGGCCAUCCUCCUCCCAGCCAUGGAGCGUUUGCUGGAGCAGUGUGCUCCAGACACUCCAGUUUUUCUGCCAGAUGAGGCUCUGUUCCUGCAGUUGCUGCUGGGCAAGUACAGUGAGGCUUCUGCCCCACUGCUGGCUCGAGAUGCUAAGAGCCUGGAGCUCUUUAUCACUGCACUAGGCACCUCCUCUAAACCCUACUCACACAUGGACAGUUUCCAGAUCAUUGCCAUGGAGCAGAUCACUAAGCCCUUCUUUAUGGCCCUGGGAGAUGAGAACAUUCAGCAGAGGAUAUUGGGAGUGCUGUUUGACCUGCUGGUGGACAAUAAAAACCCAGCUUGCUCCCAGACCAUUAAUAGUGUCUUCAAAGGGAUUGCUGUGGAUGCAGAGUUAGUGGCUAAUGAACUAACCCCUAUGGACAAGCCAAAAAUGUCAGGGAGUGUGCAGCAAACUCGCCGGAGCAAGGUGCAGCCCAAGAAAGCACAGGAUGCCCCAAAAGAUGGUGGAGCGGUGUCCUGGACGAGGGUCACCUUUAUUUUGGAGCUCCUACAGCACAAAAAGAAGCUAAAGAGGCCCCAGAUGUUGGUGCCAGCUCUUUUCAACCUUCUCUCCAGAUGUUUGGAGGUGUCCACUGAGCAAGAGAAUGUGGAGUACACCAAACAGCUUCUCCUCAGUGUUCUCCUCAAUGUCUGCCAGAAGCUCUCCCCACAGGGUGGACCCAUCAGCAAGGAUAUCUUGGAUGAGGAUAAAUUUAGUGUGGAGCUCGUGGUUCAGUGUGUGAGGACAUCUAACACGCCUCAGACACACCACCACGCACUGCUGCUGCUGGGUACCGUAGCUGGAAUCUUCCCAGAGAAAGUUCUGCACAAUAUUAUGCCAAUCUUCACCUUUAUGGGGGCCAACAUUAUGCGACUUGACGAUGCCUACAGCUUCCAGAUCAUCAACAGGACUGUGCAGAUGGUCAUCCCUGCUCUCAUUCAUGCUCAUGACAGGGGGAGUACUCAUCCGGAGGGGCAAAUGCAGGCUGUGGUGACACGUAUCAUGCACGUUUUUGUUGAUGCUCUCCCACACGUCCCUGAACACAGGCGUAUACCCAUCCUCAGGCAACUGCUGAGCACACUGGGCCCUGCCCAUUUCCUCUGGGUCUUAAUGCUGCUAUUGUUCAAACAGCACGCCACCAGCACUGCUAUCAGCAGCACAGGAGCUGAGAAGGAAGCAGCACUGGAGCGGGAUCAAGAGUUCUGGGUCUUGCUGUGUUGUGAGUUUGAAGUUCAUGAGCAGCUUACCACUCUCAUUAAAAUUCUACAGUUCCUCUUGACCCUCCCAAAGGAAAAAGAGGAUGUCCCAGAGAGAAGACGGACAAGAGGAGCAAUAUGUCAAAAAACCGAGGAAAGCACUUUAGAUCUGGUUUUUAGCAUAGAGGCCCAUAGUGGAAAAGAGCUGCGGCAUUUUAAGUUCCUGUCGGUUUCCUUCAUGGGCCAGCUACUAGCCGCCAGCAGCUUUGUAGGAAAGGUGGCUGAUUGUGAGGAUUUAACUGAAAACUCUCUACAGGAGCUUCAGCAAAGCCUGUUGGAGGAGAACCUGCGCUACAUCCACACUGUGGCUCUCUGUGUCGAGGAGAACUCGGACAAACCCACAGCCAAGUUUUGGAGAGCACUGCUUACCAAGUCAUAUGAUGUCUUGGAUAAGGUGAACGCCCUCCUCCCCACUGACACUUUCAUCAUGGUGGUGCGGGGCUUGAUGGGUAAUCAGCUGCCAUCAGUAAGGAGGAAGGCAAUGGAGCUGCUGAACAACAGAUUGCAGCAGAGGACACGGUGGGAGGAGCAACAGGUGGUUGUGCUGCUGGAACUCAUUGAUGACCUCUUGAGCAUUGUGGGGCGGGGUUGUGGCCAGAUUGGAGGACACGAGGGAGAAGAGCAAGCCAUUAACAGGCAGACAGCCCUCUACAGCCUGAAGCUGCUGUGCCGCAGUUUUGGCACCUGCCACCAGAAAGCAUUCUUACCUGUACUGAGUAGGACGGUGGAGUUGGUGGCAAACCCCAGUGAAGAAAGAAACGUUAUGAGCAGCGCUUUGCUCUGUGUGGCCGAAGUCACUAACACACUGAAGGCCCUUGCCAUCCCCCAAGUGCACAGGUUAAUGCCAGCGGUUCUACAGGCCCUGAAGGAGCGCAAGGAUCUUUUUUCUACAGAGGUGUAUCUGUUGAGUGCAGUUACAGCCCUACAGAGAACAGCAGAAACUCUCCCUCAUUUCAUCAGCCCUUACCUUGAGGACACCAUGUCACAGGUUGCGCGCCUGACACGGGUUGCUGAACGUCUCCCCACCUGCCCUCAGCUAGCCGUUAGACUCGCCUCCUUGAGUUCCACACUCGCAACAAAGGUGCCACCCAGGGUUCUAAUGCCUACCCUGGCAAGGUGCUAUAACAGCAUGGUGGACUCUCAGCAGAGCCAUCUUCGUCCUCUAAUGAACAUCUUGAAAGAGCAUAUUGUUCAUAUGGAAAAGGAUCAACUCAAUUCCCACCAGUCAGAGCUCACCUCCUUCUUUCUGUCAGCUCUGGACUUCCGUACCAAACACUGUCAGGGAGAUCUGGAAAAAACAGCUGAAAUCGAGGGUUGUGUCAUAGACUGUCUUCUCGUGAUGGUAAUGAAGCUUUCUGAGGUCACAUUUAGACCACUGUUUUUCAAGCUUUUUGACUGGAGUAAGACAGAAGGAGCGCCUAAAGACCGAAUGCUGACCUUCUGCAGGCUGGCUGAUUGCAUCGCAGACAGACUGAAGGGCUUGUUUGUUCUGUUUGCUGGGCAGCUGGUGAAACCAUUCUCAGACCUUCUCCGCCAACUCAAUAUUGCCCACACUGAUGAGGCUUUCUUUGACUCAGAGGAUGAAGAUGAUGCUGAUGCCUUGCAGAAGAGCAGUCUGUUGCUGCAAUAUACAUUGGACUGUCUCCAUAAGAUCUUUCUGUAUGACACACAGCGAUUCCUCAGCAAAGAAAGAGCGGAUGCACUCCUUGUCCCCCUGGUAGAUCAGUUGGAAAACAUGUUGGGCGGAGAGCAGGUCUACCAGACAAGAGUCACCAAGCACUUGGUUCCGUGUGUAGCACAGUUCUCUGUUGCCAUGGGUGAUGACUCGCAGUGGAAAGUUCUCAACUACCAGAUCCUGCUGAAGACCCGCCAUAGCUGUCCCAAGGUGCGCUUCUCUGCUUUGCUAAUGUUGGUGGAGUUGGCAAGCAAACUAAAGGAGAACUACAUGGUGCUUCUGCCAGAGAGCAUCCCGUUUCUUGCUGAGCUUAUGGAAGAUGAAUGUGAGGAGGUGGAACACCAGGUACAGAAGACUGUUCAGGAGAUGGAGACGAUUCUGGGAGAAUCCUUACAGAGCUACUUCUAAUACCAGCAUCUGACAAAAAAGCUUCUUUAAAUGGAACAUGCUCUACUGCGGCUUCAGCAUCAGUUUUCUUAUGCCUUUUCUUCCUGUCUCAUGUAUGGCAAGCUUUAAAUAAAUCUUAAAAAGCCUUCACAGCCACUGCCAGGAUGGCCUUUGUUUGUACCGUUGCACAACAAGUUAUCUGUUGUGCACUUCUGCCAGCAAGUGACAUUUGAGUUACAGUUUUCUGUUUUACACAGUUUAGUAGUGAAGCAACAAAUCCAGAUGAUUGUACCCAGUAAAUUCCUGCCAAGUGCUGUUA